UUUCACGCUGUGCCUGCUCACUUUGAAAAGAGACCUUCUGCUCUAAGCUUCUUGCAGAGAGACAUCUAGUCUGAAUACUGUGAGAAAUCUGAUUAUCGGAAUAUCUCCAAGAUUUUUUUUAUUUUGUUUGUUGGAUGCUUGUUUAUCACAAUGGCCAUUCACAUGCACAGAGACACCAACUGGAUCUUCUUAAAACUGGCCAUCAUGUUAGUAGUCUUUGACCAUACAUCUCUGGCCCAGAACAACUGUGCUAACAUAGAGUGCCAAGUACCAGAGAAUUGCAUUGAAGAAGUUCUUGAGGAGUCUUCUUGCUGCCCCAUAUGUAGCCAAUAUGGAUGUACAUGUGAAGGAUACCAGUAUUAUGACUGUCUGAAUGUUGGAUUUAAAUUUGGUAAAGUCCCAGAAGGAGAAUCAUACUUCGUUGACUUUGGAAGCACAGAAUGUUCAUGUCCUCCAGGUGGAGGAAGAAUUAGCUGCCACUUUAUACCUUGCCCUGAAGUACCACCAAAUUGUAUUGACAUCAUACAACCAACAGAUGGCUGUGUUCAAUGUGGUAGAAUAGGGUGCACCCACGGAGAGGACAAGUAUGAAGCUGGCCAUACUUUCCAUAUGUCUCCCUGUAAAUUUUGCCACUGUCCAAAUUCUGGGGGUGAGUUAAUGUGCUAUGCUAUUCAAGACUGUGAUUCAGACAUGGACAAUGGCACUCUACAUACAGACACAAUUGACAGUGAGCCAGAUAAGCAAUAUGAUUACCCAUACAGCCUUGAACAAGAUGGUUUGGAAUCUGCAAAUACUGAAACUGUUGAAAAGACAAAUAAUUAUAAAAGAAAUGCAAUGCAGGAUCACUCCAUUUUGGACUAUGAGGAUGAGGUGGAUGAUUUUUUUGCUUCUCCCACCACCACCCACUCUGUUAAAUUAACAGAACUCCCAACAUUAACUUCUGAAAUGCAUCCAUCAACCCAACAUGAAGGACUUGUGACGACCACAGUUGAAAUACAUAGCACAGAACGUAGCAGCACAAUAGCACCAACAACACUGACAACAUCAACAGCAUCAACAUCAACAGCAACAACACAGAAAGCAACAACAUCCAUGACAACAAUUUCAGCUGCAAGUACUACUCACAUAACCACAACAAAUCUGAAGCAGCAAGAUGUUUUUGAAGCAUCCAAUCAGAAUCAAAAUAUGGAAGACAUUCAAGAAUUUAGUAAUGCAUCAUCUAUUGGAAACACCACUACUAGUAAAGAACACAGGAUAUUGGAUCUAGAAAUAAAUAACACACAACAUACAACUUUACCGCCAAGUAAAGAUGUUUUCCCUGAAGAGGAAAAUAAAGAAAAUACUUUCUCCAACGUGAAAUCUACCCCAACAUCUGUUGUUCCAAUUGUUCUGCAAGAACCGUACAGCCAAACUGAUUUAAUCGCAUCAAACACUCAAUUUACUCAUGACUUGGGCAAGGAAGCAGACAGCAUGGAUUAUUCCAGUGUAUACAAUGGUUCAUCAAAAGAUCUUGUUGAAACAUGUUGUGCAGAAGGUCAGCAAUGGUCUAUUGACAAUGGUGAAUGUGAAAAUAUGCCUUUAAGUGCAUCUGAGGAUUGCAGAUUGGCUAAGAAACAGUGCUGUAUCUCCUAUAUAAAAGAAAACACAUGCAUUGCCGGAAUGAUAGCCGCAAAAGAAGAUGGGAUUUGUUUACCUGCUGAAAAUGAUCUAUGCGAACAAUCAUAUUUUAAGCUCUGUUGUGACUGUUGUUCUCUGGGGUUGAAGAUAAGGAAGGAGGGACAUUCAUGUGAGUCAAAUUUAAACCUGGGAUAUCCCUGCAACCAUAUGAUGAUCCUCUGCUGUAAUGGAGAAGAGCAGCUCAUUCCACCUGAUCUAAAGGUGCCUCUAAGAGUGGAACCCUCAAUAAUACCCGACAGAGAUGUUGAUGAAUGCGCUCUGAAUACACACACAUGUGUGGAUGGUGAACGAUGUGUUAACACUGUUGGAUCAUUCGUAUGUAUCCAAGAAGUAAUAUGUGCAAAUGGUUACACACUACUGGAUGAUGUUUGUCAAGAUAUAAAUGAAUGUGAAGCCAAUCCUGCUCCUUGCAAGCAAGGAUUCAAUUGUAUAAACACCUUGGGGUCAUAUGUGUGCCAGAGAAAACAGUUGAAUUGUAAGCGAGGAUACAAGUCUGAUGAAAAUGGAACAAUCUGCCUCGAUAUUGAUGAGUGCAGUACUGGUUUAAAUAAUUGCUCCGAUGUACAAGCUUGCUACAAUCUUCCAGGUUCCUAUCGCUGUGACUGCAAGAAGGGGUAUCGAUACGACACAUUUAGAAAAACCUGCGUUGAUGUAAACGAAUGCUGGAUUUACCCAGGCCGUCUUUGUCACCAUAAUUGUGAAAAUACUAUUGGGUCAUAUAAAUGUUCCUGCUUUGCAGGAUUUAAGCUAUCAAACGACGGAAAGCAUUGUGAAGAUGUGAAUGAGUGUGAAAAUAACCCGUGUAGCCAAGAAUGCACAAAUAUUUUUGGAUCCUAUCAGUGUUAUUGCAAGGAAGGAUACAAGCUUGCAGAUGAUGGCAUAUCUUGUGAAGAUAUUGAUGAAUGUGUUCAGGGUCUCGGAAGCCUGUGUGUUUUUGCCUGUAUAAAUACACCUGGGAGUUAUAAAUGUGCGUGCCCUGAAAUUGGAUACACAAUGUCCGGAAAUGGGCUGACAUGCAAAGACAUUGAUGAGUGUGAAGUUGGAGCCCACAACUGUUCAUCAUCAGAGGAAUGCUACAAUGUUCAUGGCAGUUAUAAAUGCCUAUCCUUUGAUUGUCCAGAGAAUUACCAAAAGGUUUCUAACAUGAAAUGUGAAAGAAUAUCUUGUUUUAAUUUACAAGACUGUCAAAACACUCCUGUAAGAAUCUCUUACCAUAAACUCAAUUUCCCUGUUAACGUGAUCGUUCCAGCUCAAAUUUUCCGCAUCGGACCUUCACCUGUAUAUACAGGAGAUAAUGUUAUCUUGGAUAUUAAGAAAGGAAACGAAGAAAACUAUUUCAGCGCUAGAAAAUUCAAUCCAUACACAGGCAUACUAUAUCUUCAAAGGCCUGUCAAGAAGUCCAAGGAUUUCUUACUUGAUGUUGAAAUGAAACUAUUUCGGCAAGGAGUGGUCACAACCUUUCUUUCCAGGAUCUACAUAUUUAUUACUGCCCCCCCUUCCUAAUUGUACCAAACUUAGUAUGGCAAGAAUGUACCCAGAUUUAGUGGCAUUGGAAACUAGGUCUAAUGCACAAAGCUGACAAACUCUUAGAGCAUUCCUAUCUAAAAGGCAAAGCAAGUCCAUAAGAAAACUGAUCCACCAAUAGAACCUCAUGUUAAAUUAUGAUUCUUAACCAAAUCUCUUAUCCUUAACUAAAGUGCUGAUUAGUUUUAUUUUAGAAUUAUAGGGAAAUAUAUACCUCAAAUAAAAGUAAUCCCAAAAAUAUUCCUACCAAUUAUUGUGAGUUGCCCUGGAACCUCCAAGUUUUAAAUCUCCAGGCCACUGUCAAACUGAGACUUCAUCAUAAGGGGGAAGUAGAGAGGUAUUGGCUCAAACUACCAGGAUCUGCCCCCAGUUUUGCAGCGCUCUUUCUAUUAUAUUGUCAGUCGUAUUUCUAUUUGGCCAGUCUUCUUUUCAGUCCAGGACUGACACCUUUAGUUAUGGCCAUCACUUUCUUGUCUAAAGCUUAAAAGAAAUAAGAGGUCUCCAGGAGGCUGAAUGCUGACGUUCAAUGUUAGGCCCAUAAUGUAAAAGUUCUGUUUAGAGUGUGGUAAUGCCUUAAUCAAAAUUAUAUCACAAUGAAUAUGCAUAUAAAGCAAUAGGAUUUGUAUGCCCUUUACCAAUGAAAAAUACCCUUAAUUUAGAGAAACAGAUAGUGAGCAUGUUAGAGAUACUUCAAGAAAUCAAUACUGCGUUUGACUGUCAGUUUGGGGUUUUCAGCUAAUCGGAAAACAGCUAGAAGUCAAAUCAUGGUCAAUGACCAAAGAAUACAUCGGUGAGCAUGGGUUUCUUUAAAUAUCUGUUUUUGUGUAAUAUGAGUUUUUUAGGAGGCAUCCUGCACCUUUAAAUGACAUGGCAGAAGUCUGAUAAAAAUAAAGUGACUGAUAUGUAUUCUAGAAGUAUUAGUUCAGGGCUUUCACUCCUGAAAAUCAGAUGCAUCGCACAAAUACACCCUAGAGGUCGCAUUAAAGGGACACAUGGAACUGGUUAUAUUCCCUGGAGUCGUCUGGCACUGUCCCUCCAUUCAGUGUUAAAGCAUGUUUGGGCAGUUUACCACCCACAGCCUGACUCCUACUGGAGGUGUGGCUAAGGCACAGAUUACACACUAACUUCUAGCCAUACCAAUUCAUACUAGCAAUAGUGUUGUGAUAAGGCCUAAGCAACCCAUUGUUUUUCAGUUUAAUACAUCCUCGUUACUCCAAGCAGCACAGAGGGGAGAUGGGCUGCUCUUGUUUAGCAUUAAUAAUGUUUUAUGUUGAAUGGAGGACGGCACCAGGAGAUUCCAGACAGGCAGACACUAUAACUACUUCAAUGAACUGAGGCCAAUAUAGUGCCUGCUGUGCCCCUUUAAGGAGUGUGAUGUCAUGGCAAGCUUCACACAAGUUGUACCUACAACAGUUGAUUUGUUCCCAUUCUGUGACUACCAGGCCCAAACCCACAUAAUCACAGUUUGAUCCCCUACGGAUCCCAGUUCUGAUGACAUCUUUAAGUCCACAGUUUACCAUCCGUGCUCUAUUGUCUUCAAAUUCUUGUAAUUCAGGCUUUAUUACAAAGGCAUAUAGCUUGAAUAGUGUGUCCAUAUUAAUUAAAGAUUGUAUUUUCUAUUCUAUUUUUCUAUGUUGAAAUGUGUUUGUAAAUUCAUAUGCUAAAUAUUAAUUUUUUUUGCUCAAAAAAUAUACUUACUGUAUUUUAAACUUCAGCAAUUAAUAAUGCAUAUUUUUCUACUUUUUAUAUAUGACCUGUUGAUUGAUGUAAUUAAUGUCUAACCUACUAGUUAAAAUGCAAAAUAUUGUGUUGCAUGAUUUGUAUCUGCGGUACAUAUUUAUUAGCUUUUAAUUUAUUCAAAUAAAUGAAGCAAUUAGUUAUUAAUGAAAA